AUGAUGAAGAAGGCAAAUGAGACUCUCAACGAAGGAAUGAAGACGCUUGGAUUUGGUGAUCAGAGCCAAAGAUCUCUUCUCUCUUCACUGAUUCCCGGACUUCGUUCUUCUCAAGGAGGUAUGGGUGGUACAUCACUUGGACAGGCCGCUGCAGGCCUUCCCAUUUUAUCUACCCUGUCUCAGGCAAUUCCAUCAAUGCGAAACAUGCCAGGUUUGGAAACAGGUGGAGCAGCAGCAGGACAACCUGUCAAUCCUCAGUUAAAUAGUGCCAUUGAGCAGGUAACAAAUGCUUAA